CCCGGAAAUUAAACAACCAUUGACCUUUAUUAAAAAAAUGGCUGAAUUGGUAAACAUGUUGCUAGACUUGUUUCAAAGUGAAACCAAUGAUGGAACAUUUUAUGGCAUAGUAGUGGCUAUUAUUGUGGUACUUUUAUCUCUAGCUGUUUUCAUAAUUAGACGAAGUGGCCGAAGCAAACGUCAAGGCAUUUUGUUAUUGGGUAUAUGCGAGGCAGGGAAAACUCUGAUUUAUCUUCAGUUAUUGUAUAAAGAUUUCAUGACUACAUAUACAUCAAUAGAUGUCAAUUCUGGUGAAUUUUCUUUAAACGAGACUAAAAAAAAAGUGAGAAUCAUUGAUUUGCCAGGUAAUGACAGACUCAGGGGGCAGUUUUUGGAAGAAUAUAAAGGCACUGCCAGAGGCAUUGUGUUUGUUAUCAACAGUGCAACACUUCAGAGAGAAAUAAAGGAAGUAGCAGAAUUCCUGUACACUAUAUUGAGUGACAGAGUGAUCUCCAGCAAUUCUCCCCCUGUUCUUAUCUUGUGUAAUAAACAAGACUUGACCUCAUCCAAGAGUGCAGCUCUCAUCCGCAGUCAAUUGGAAAAGGAAAUGACUACUCUACGAAUUACUCGGUCCGCUGCUUUGAAAGGAGUUGGCGAUACUGCCAACAACAAUGCUUUCUUGGGCAAACGAGACAAGGAUUUUGAUUUCUCCGACUUGAAACCAAUAAGAGUUCAGUUUGCAGAGGGCAGUGCCCAGGGGAAGAAUAAGGAAGACUUACCAGAUUUACAACAGUUGUAUGCCUGGUUGAAUAAAGUUGCAUAGACAAAAAAGAUGAUAAAAUAUACUAGUAAAUUAUUGCCAAUAGAAAUGUUUACCAUCUAAGGUAGGGCAAGAUUUGUUGGCUCUGUUCAUACUUCCUGCAUUGAUACUUUUUGUUUUCUAUUGUAUUACAAAAUGUUUUUAAGUUCUAAGGCAUUGUAUUAGAUAUUAUUACAAGUCGUGACAUUAAUGUUUUUAUUGUCAUAAUGAGAUAACGUUACACAAUAAUUUCAUCUCUUUAUCUCAUAUUGUGCUUUCUGUUUGGACUUUGUUUAACAAUUGUGGUAUUAACUAAAGUUGUUUAACAGUUGUGGUAAUAUUUAAAUUUGUCCUACCAGUAUUUCACCAAAUCAUUUUCUUUCUUACACGUUCUUGAAGUUCUAAUGAUGCCUGUAGCUGUCAACUGAAAAAUUUAUUCCUAACAUAUUUCUGGCAGUUUUUCUCUUUGUCUAUAUACUUUAUUUGUUGUUUAUGGCCUUUUUUUUUUUCAAACCUGCUCAUUCUUAAAAGUCCAACAGUGUCCUCAAGUUCCUUAAUGAGGAAAAUGUGUGAAAUAAUGUUUUCAUUUUAGAGCCACAUUUGCACACAAAUUUUUAUGAAAUUGUGGAUUUUCGUUUCUUGUAUUGUUGUGUUGAUUGAAUGCUAUCUUUUUAUGCCUAUAUAGGCAAAGUUGCAGUUUCUAGUCCAAAAAAAAGUAUCAUAAAUGUUAAAUCUCAUUGGCACUUUUAUUGAGUGAAAUUUUCUUUUGUCUUUAGUUUUACAGUUCCCUUUUUUUCAGGGUUGAUACACAGAGCCUUUUUGUUCCCAGUACAGGUUAAGAAUGUAAUUGUUUUGAUUGGUUGAAAGUUCUUUUAACUUUACUUUUAUUCUCCUUCUGCUUGAUUUGAUCCAUUUAGGUGGUUCUCUGUUUCGGUGUCAGUUAAGAAUGUAAUGGUUUGCCAAACAACUUUAUUUAUACUUUAUUUCAAUUCCAUUUUUAGUACUUAGCAAUGUUGUAUCACACACAUCAGCUGUGAGAUGAUCAUUUCUCUUUAGCUUUGACAGGUUUUGGAACUUAUUUUGUUUUUCUUUGUUUUCUAUUUUUGUCUGAUUGAAGUGAAUUUCACUUGUAAUAAACUAUUAUUGUAGAAAUUUUUACUUGGCUGAUAAGGUUUUUUGUUUGAAGAAUUGUCUGUAUUUGCUGGGUGAAGGGAUUUCAUGAAUGGCAUUUAUCAAUUUCAAGUAAGAGCUUUUGAAAACAUUGUUAUAUUUUAAGAAUUUCAUGCGUUUGUUUGAUGAAAUAUGCCGGUUAAAUCUAUUUUAUUGUAUGAACUACUAUAUGUGUAUUAAAAAUGUGGCAGGGGGUACUUGAAUAUGUUUUGAAUGGUAAGAUCAUUAAUAAAACAUGAAUCAAACUA